UGCCCACCCUCGUGGACAAAAUGAAUGUGUCUUGGACCUGUCUGAAGGAAACUUCGGAUGAAGUGUUAACAUCAGUGUCUCCUCUUGCAACGCAUGUUGUCAACCAGCAUCUUUCCACUGAUGUUUCCCUUCGGGACGAAACGGUUGAACUACUCAAGCAAGUCAACCUCAAAGGUGAAAGCAAUGUUCGCGGAUACAUUUUUGAAACACUCAUAUUUUCGAACUUUACUAGUGCAUCGGCGCGUUUGACGUUAUUGGGCAUGACGAAGGACAGGAAAGAAGUAAACUUAACCACGUUAUCCCAAGCAGGAGUGGUUCUCAAUCAAAAACAGUUUACGUCUACGUUUGAACCAGAAAAGAAUAUAUGUUAUGCCACUCCAAAUAUGAAGGGUGUUGACUUUAUUUGUCGCUUGAAAGGGAGGUUUAUUUAUCCAAUGUACAGUCAAUAA